AUGCCACUCUAUUUUCGCCCCUCUCCCUUUGUAAUCCCACGGAUUCGACCACAGCGAUAUUCUUUCCAUAGCACUGCUAUCCAUAGAGAUGCUCCUCAGAAUCACUACGAGAUUUUACAAGUCGCCCCAGACGCUACACCAGCCGACAUCAAAAAAUCCUUCUACGCCCUCAGUAAACUCCACCACCCCGACCACAACCCCACCGACCCCUCGGCCUCAAAACGCUUUGUAAGAAUCUCCGAAGCAUGGACGAUCCUUGGAACUCCUGCCAAACGUCAAGCCUACGAUCGAGAACAUGGCGUCCAUGCUCAUUCUCAUUCUCACACCCACGGAACCGCGCAUCGCCACCCUCAAGGCUCAUAUUCAUCGAGUGGUCCCGCAGGUGGGAGACCAGCUAGUGGUCUCAGUCGACGACGGACACAAUUUCGAGGUCCGCCGCCUAGCUUUUAUAGAAGUGGAGGGUGGGGAGAGCAUAGUGCGAAGAGAAGGGCUGCGCAGGAUAAUGGUGCGCCAGGAGCAGAGGCUCCGCCGAAUACAGAAACGGGUGGUGGGAUGGGGACGGGCCAGAUGCCUUGGGGCCCAGAUGGAGAUGUGCCACAUUUUGAUAAAAGAGCACACACACAAACACAUGAUAAUGUGGAUAGAAGGAGGCGGCGUCGGAUGAGUGAACAUUUUAUUCCGGUGGAUCGGGAAAGGAGUAAUCUCGCAAACUUCGUCAUCCUCAGCGCGGUGCUAUCCUUGAGCGUCGCUAUACCAACGUAUGUUUAUGAGAGGGUGACAGAUAUGGCAAAACCAAAAAAGAGACCAGUCACAUAA